GCCAAAGAGCAACCACAACUGUCGCAGCUCAGACAGAAGCUGACUAAAAAAACCCGGCAGAACUGUGGUCAUUUGACACAAACACGCGGACGCCGGGACAAUUUAGAAGCAAGAAAGCGAUUAUUCCUAAACUACUUGACUGCAGCAGCAUUUGAAUUCAAGCGAAACGCAGGCGCGCGCACCCUUUAAGAGUGGGCGUGCACUCAGCGAGAGACAUUGCGGAAGGUUUUGCAAAACAAGAUAACAAAAUAUAAAAGACACGUUGAGCUCGUUACUUCCAGGAAUCCUCAGCAAACGGACACUUUAUAAUCCACCAAAGAGGCGCAGAGGAGGCUGCUUGUGAGCUCGCAAUAAAGGAGUAAUGGAGAGAACACGGUAGUGAAGACAACAGAAGACAACUAAGGAUCUCUUGAUAUUGCAAGAAUGCACACUAAGGACUAAGAGCGGACAACUCAAUACAAGACCUUCCAGGUGAUGGAUUUUACCCAUCCAAGAAGCUGAUGUCCUUUCCAUUCAAUAAACCCUUCCUUUGUCUAUUUUUCAGCCUUGCAUUGCUAUUGAAGCAUUGUGCCCAUUUUCCGAUUUCAGGGCUCUGAACAAGUCGCUUAUUUGGAGGGCUCCCUGGGAGCUCGCUUCUGUACUGUCAGCAGGCUGCCUCCUUGCAGCUGGCUCCACUGAAAACUCAGCGACGCAGAUAAACAACGCUCUGGCAGUUGGCAGCCGAAGAUCACAAACUCCAUGUCCCAUCCCCUGUAUAACCCCUAUGCCUCCGGGAACCAAAGUUCCAACCAGGGGCAGUAUGGACUCUCCGGUGGACCGGCAGAGAAGGACCAUCAGAGAGCGUCUUCUAGUGCUGGACCUGGGUCCAUCUUCAGCUUUUGUGGAACUUCUUCUGGGACUUCUGCCAACUCUGGGGGAAUAAUUCCGUCACUGCUGCCUCAGUCGAUAAGCUACGGGCCUGAACCGAGUAGGGCCAUUAUAGACAAGAACAUGGAGAGGUCUAUAGACAUGCAUAUUGGUAGAGCCAGAGAGGAGGUGAGGCUACUUGGCAAACCAAUGCAACAGCCCAUAGACUCUCGCUUGACCAGGAUUCAAAGGGAGUGUCUCUCCUCAGGCACAGGGAUGGUCUCCUACCCAAUGUCCUCAACCUCUGCCUCUCUAGGACGUAGAUACCCGGGAGUUGAAAGUGGCAGUAGGUCCUCGGACUGGUCAUCGAACUACGAAAGGCCCACUGCCGAUGAACCCUCUAAAUUUUAUUCAACGUCUGCUUCGUCUUCUUUUUCAAGAAGUGCUGACAAUGUUUUAAUUUCCUCCAGUGAAAGAGAACAUGUAAUGCAGUCUCUUCCAGGGUUAGGUAAUGUUGAGUAUCCAUUGUCAGACAAGCCUGCGGCCCGUACAGAGUCGGAAUUAGCUUCUAACAUCCUUCUGCGUUUUGGACUUGAAAAAGAGGACUUGGACCAUCUUGUCAACUACCCUGAAGACCAGAUCACCCCUGCUAACCUGCCGUACAUCUUGCGGCAAAUUCGCCUUGAGAAGACCAAAAGAGCUACGACUGCAGUGCAGCCGAAACCCUGUUCCGAUCCCCAACCCACCAGAAUGAGUCAUUCUGGAGGGGUAGGGAUGCGCCAGGAGGAAAUAUCAUCCGCAGUCCUCAAGCAAAGUAAAGUGAUUGACUGUGGACAAAGUGACAAAUAUACUGGAGGGGCUGGAGAGGAGAUUGGAAGUAUCAGUCGCAGUAGAGAAAACUGUGGUGGCAGUGGAAGUAUGUUGCUAAUUUACACUUAUGGUAGUAGCAGACAUAUUGAAGAACCACCGCAAAAAACAGUUGAAAGCACUGCCUUGGGUUUUUCACGUGACCAGGCGAGUUCUGUUUCCAGUCUCAGCUCUUUGUACAGUUCAAAACUGAGCUCUGUGGCUCCCCCAAGCAAUGAUCAGACAAAAUUGGAGAUCCAACCAAACCACAGUUCCCAAACAAUUCUGAGCUCUUCUUCUCUGCCAAAGACAGACACGGACAUCAGCGCUGUCAAGUCUGAAGCCUCCAAACCCGAUGCUUUGAAAGAACCGGAGGCAGAUCGCCAGUCAACAACGAAAACCCAACCACCAUGCACUUUGUACUGUGGUGUGCAACCCAGCAGACCGGACCCUGUGCUCAUUGGCAGUAAUGACACCAGUGGCAAUAAGGAUCAGAAUAAACCUAAAGCACAAGGGUCAAUUACUGGAAAGAUUAAUAAGCAGCAACCAAUAUCACAGAUGCAGCAGACAGAGAAGCAGCCAGUAUCACAGACGGGGCAAGCGAUUUUGCCUUCAGUCUUUUCUGCUACCGAAUCGGUUCCCCCUGCUCUUCACAUUCCCAGCAUCACUGGUGCCAUGCAACAUCUGCCAUUCAUCCCGGUUGGUCCUCCCCCCAUCGUUAGUCGUCCAGAUCUGCCUCAGCCAAUCCCAGACCUGGUGGAGAUCAUUGAUCUGACGCUGUCACCCACCAGCGAGCAGCCUCCGGCAAAAGUUUCAGUCUCCAGGGACCUGCCAACAGCGGCCAUGAUGCGUGACGGUGCUGCGGCCACACCGAGAAUCUUUCCACAUACCUGUUGUCUGUGUAACACAGAAUGUCUUAAAAUCAAGGAUUGGGUCUACCACCAGAACACCAGCUUUCACCUUGAGAGCUGCAAGGUCCUCCGUAAACGAUACCCGGAGUGGGAUGGUGAGAUUCCAAGCAGGACCAGUGCUCUCUACAGUGCUGCAGGUAAAGAUGCCAAGACCUCGCCCGCAACCACUUCACGACAUCGUCGGAAAACCGGGUCCCGCUCACGUUCCCGCUCACCCAUCCCCCGUCGGCACCAUCGUUCAGAGGGCAGACGGGAGAAACCCAGCAGACAAUCACGAUCGCCGCACAGAUCCAGUCGCAGGUCCAGGUCAGGUUCUCGUCCUACCUCCUCCCGCCAUCGGUCCCGUUCAAAGAGCUCUGAGAAACAACCGUCACAGAGGAGGAGGGAUGAGAAAGGGUCCUCGCCAAGGAGGAGAGAUAACAGACGAUCAACUCCAAGGAAGAGCUGUAAGAGACGAUCAUCUCCAAGGAGGACUGAUGAGAAACGAUUGCCCUCAUUUCGGAGUGACAAAAGACGAUUGCCACCAAGGAGGACUGACGAGAGACGAUCGCCACGAAGUAGGGGGUCCAUUCGACGAGAGAGGUUGCGCAGUAAAAAGAGCUUGGCUGAGAAACUACUGGAAAAUUCAGCUGGCCAGUUGCUGUCAAACAAGUCAGACCUGGAUGCUUUGGUUAAAAGUCUGGCUCCUAUCAUACUUGCCAAGCUAGCCAAGAGGAAGUCCCAUUCAUCGUCAUCGUCAUCGUCAUCAUCAUCAUCCCCCUCCUCCUCCUCCUCCUCCUCCUCCCUCUCCUCUUCCAAUGAAGGAAAGACCACCUCGUCUUCUUCUUCCUCAUCCUCUACAGCAAAGAAGGAGUUGACUAAAAAGCCUUCUGAAGCAAAGCCCAGCCUGCAGAAGAGUGAGGCAAGUUCUUCCACAAAGACUAAGUGUGUUAAACCUUCACCUCCAACCAUGGUGAAACUAAAAGGGAUUCAUAGUUCUGUCUCUCGCAGCGACGUGUUGGCUGCUUUGGAGCGCUUUGGAAAAACCAAGUCAUUCUUACUGUUUCCGUCCAAGCUGGAGGCAAUCGUGUGUUUUGAGAAAGAAGAAGACGCAGAGCAACUGAAGAGCCUGAAGAGCCUCGAUGUGAAAGGAAUUCAAAUAACUGUUGUUGGAGGAAAGGACACUGUGUGUGUGGAGCAAAAGAAGCCUCCUCUGAGAGAACCUUCCAUGUCCAGUGUCUCCACACCUCUAAACACUUCCACUGUCACGAGAAAGGUCCUUCUCCCUACAGCUGACAUGAUUCCACUGGAACUGCCUAAAACGCCUCCGUCGUCACCUUCUGGACCCGAAAGAGAUCCAACAGGCGAACUCCAGAACAGUGCAGCUGAAGCCACCGAAGCAGAAAACAUCUCAGCCGAGCAAGACAAUGAAAUGCCCCAGGUGUUUCAAACAGUUACCUCCGUUACCCCUCUGACUGUUGGCGAGACUAUAGAAAAACACCUGCAUCGAGACAGAAUAAAGCUCUUCACGAAAGAAAGCGUCUUAUGGGAAAAGACAAUCGAGUGUUUUGAGAAAGAAGACGACGCAAAGAAACUGAAGAGCCUGAAGAGCCUCGAUGUGAAAGGAUUUCAAAUCCCUGUUGUUGGAGCAAAGAAGACUGUUUGUGUGAAGCAAAAGAAGCAUCCUAAGCAAAAGAAGCGUCCUCUGAAAAAACGUUCCAUGUCCAGCGUCAUCACAUGUGUAAACACUUCCACGAUCACGAGAAAACCUUCCGUGUCCAGCGUCAUCACACGUGUAAACACUUCCACGAUCGCGAGAAUGGUCAUUCUCCCUACACCUGGUGUGAUUCCACUUGAACUGCCUAAAAGGCCUCCAUCUUCACCUUAUGGAGCCUUAUGGAGAAGAGCUACAGCAGAAAAUGAAAUGCCCCAGGUGGUUCACAUGUCUAUACACUCGCCUGCCGAAGACGCCCAACCAAUGGAGGUUGGUGCAAUGGGAGCUGAAGUGGUGGAGCCCAUUGAGUUUGACACCUUGUCAGAACAAAAAGAACGACGGGGGACCAAGACUGUUGGCGAGAGUAUAGAGAAACACCUGCAUCAAGACAGAAUACAGCUCUUCGAGAAAGAAGAGGAUGUUCCAAGUAAUAGCAAGCUGUUGCUCAUCACCAACCUGCCGGAGUAUCACGACGGCUGCUACACCGAGGAAGACCUCGUCAAACUGCUCAUGCCAUUUGGGUUUAAAUAUCUAGAAGACUACAUCUAUGUUAUUCCUCAGAAGUGCAUGGCCUUCUUCAGGGGCACCCAGGGGAUUAGGCUCAGAAUAAUGGAAGCCUCUGCAAAAAAUGGCAUCUUUUUCAAAAGCUCUAAACUUGUGUUCCAUGCAGUAGCCAGCAGAGUUCUAAUGACACCGAUUGGAUUUUAUAAAUCACUGAUGCAGCUGAUGCGUUUUCGUGUGCUGGAUGAUGGAGAGAGAAUCGUCUUCAUCAAGGGCAUUUCACCAAGUGAAUCCAGGAAGCUCAGAGAAGUUUUGAAAAGAAUCGAAUCUGUCAAAAACGUCUUGCCUCUCCUCAACAAGGUAUUUGUAGAAUUUAAGUCGAUUCGCGAUGCUGAUCGGCUCGGAGUUUGGUACAGUCUCUUGAAACAAGCCCCCGACCACAUAGUCCACCGGCUGAAGAUACCAUCCAUUGGUCUAAAAUUACCACUACCACCAAAACUUCCUGAGAACACUCUGCCGGACAGCGAGGAUGUUGUUGCCGGUGCAACUAUACCACCGAUAGAAAUCGGUGUUUCGCAGGGUAGCUUUGGACCGUUUUGGAUCCCGAUGAGAACUCAUCCCUUUCUGUUCCCUACCGGGUCUCCUUGGUUCUUCAGCCCAGAUUCCCUGACGGUCAGAGGAAUGCACGACAUUGCAAAGGCCAGUGGUCAUUGCUCCAGGUUCCCAACAAUCAUGUUGACCGGUUUGCCAGCGGGAAACUACAACCACGAGGACGUGGCCAAGCUGGUCUGGCGGUAUUUCCACAAACGGAACCUCCGCUCCCUGUACUACAACGUGGUGGUCUUGCCUCUGGAGAGGAGGGCCUUUGUGUUUUUCGGUGAUUGGACUUUUUGCUGCAAUUUUCUCCAAGAUCACAUCAGAAAUCCAGUUUGUGUAAAUUUCUGCCCGCUCACUGUUCACUUCGUCUUGGAGGAGAUAUCUCCAAUAUACAGUGAGGAGAUGAUGUACACAACUCUGACGUGGAGCAACGGUGGAGUUCCAGAUCCAAAGCUUCUGGAGGAGCGGUUGCUGUGUGUGGAGACAUGCGAGACGUCUCUGGACAUCAUCAGGGUGGUCAUGGAAGCGGUGGCGUCCGUUGCGCCCUUUGUCGGCUUCCUGCCACUCGCCAACAGGAUAUGCAUUGAGAUGGCUGACUCCAGCGGUGUAACCAAGGUGGUGGAGAAUCAAAACAAACAUCGUACCUUUUACAGGAUAAAGAACAUUGACAUUUGGAGUAAAGUUCGAAGUUUUGAGCCUUUGAAGAGCCUAAAACAGCGUCUACAAGAUUCUGAUGAGGUCACUCAAGACUAUUUGAGCCAGACAACAUUAAACUGGCGGCUGUGAAAUCAAAGAUUUGUGUUGUAUAAUAAAACAGGAUGCAGUAUUGAAUAAAUAAAACCAUAUGCUUCAAACAACUUUUCUUUUUUUCCUUGCCUUCACCUAUUUUCACUCACCUUAUGCUCGAUAAAUAAGAAGUAUAGUAAACACUCAUAAAGGCUGACAGAGCCUACGAAGAAAUAUUUAUAUACUACAUAUAUUUCCGUCCUCAGAUUUCUGCUUGAUUGCUGUACGGCACAGAACAGACAGAGAGCAGAAACACACAAUGCCACGUGGUUGACAUUGUCAAACGAUCGGUGAGGUUUAAGCAAAUAUUGACUUGGUUAAGGUUAAAAAAAUAUCAUGGUUUGUGUUAAAAUAAUAACAUAAGGUGACGUAACACAAAGUAACACAACUAGGUCAUAUAACAACAUAACGUAACAAUACUAAAUCUGGUACAAACCAUCUCUUCUCUUUCUUGAGAUUAAUGUAUUUUUGUACCUAGUCCCUGAUAUAAAUACAUUUAAUAAACUAAUUUAACAACGUUGCGUAAAACGGCGUCUAUUAACAUGCCGUCAGGUAAGACUUAAAAGUCAACAUUUACUUUUUCUUUCACUUGGGACACGAUCAGCGGUCUCCUGGGUGAAAGUCCUGUGGUUGUUUGGCCCUUCCGCCUUUUGUGAACCUCCUGGUUUCAGUCAAUUUUAUACCAAGUUACUUUAAUACCAUGCAACGGUUGCUUGAUAUACUACGUCACUUUGCAGAAACGUACAAUGCCAACAUUUUUUCCUGGUGACUGAUAGAAAGUGAGUGUAUUCGUUUGUGAAUAACACGGAGGACUGAAAUGGCAGCUUAAAUUAACAUUUAAAAGUAAAAAAUAUAAAUCUGGAACACAAUCAGGGCCACUUUAUUAUUUUUAUCUCCCCCACCCACAGCGAAGCAAAGUUAGCAUACCUUCCCGUAAGCACACACACACACACACACACACCUUAAAUAUGCAGAUGACAUGACUGAAGCCCAGUGGGUCGCACUAUAAAUAGAGGGGCAACAGAAAUGCCUCCUCCCCCUACGUCUGCUCACAGUCUGCCCCUGUUACUGAACAUGUUCCACAUCUCAUUUACCCAUCAAAUCAUUCUAAAACCCAAAAGUCUGCAUGAGAUUGACCAAUACAAUACCUUCAAUGCCUUUUCUUUCUUUUGUCUGCCACACACUUUGUUAAUACCUUUAUUAAUGCGAUAGUCUCAGUGUCAUUAAGCCUCUUAAUGACACAACAUACCAAAAUGUGGCCUUUGCGUAGCCUAAUAACUUUGCUGCACCAUCCACUUUUAUUGAACCUUAUGGGGUCCCAUAACACCCCUUUAAGAUAACACUGUACCCUCUUGUCUUGCAUCAUCGUCGGCUUUCUCUCUCACUGCAACAAAUCUGCAUCAACAAGCACAUUUUCCCCGACACACUCUUACCCUUUGUCUGUAUGUGUGUGUGUGCGCUCCCCACGUGUGUUGGUUUAAGCUGGCAGAGUUUGGAUUGUUGAUUGUGUGACCCGAAAAAUAAAGGCCACUGUGUGUGUGUGUGUGUUGGUGGCCCUUUAAA